GCUGUGCGGAUGUCCGCUGUGUGUAUGCGGACGGUCCGUCUCACUAAGCGGGACUGAGUCAAACCAAGCCCCUGAGAAGAGUCAAAACCCCCGGUCAGAGAGCUCCCAAGGCUCCGGCACGGCCCGGAACCCUUACACCAAGCCCCUGAGUACCCUGUAAAAGGAGAAUCAGGAGAGGUGUUUCUUUCAGAGCACCGCGAGGCCCGGAGAGCCGAGCAGCGGGAGGCGGGAGCAGAUGGAGCCCGCACCGGCCAAGGCGAAGCCGCAGGGCCGGCUGGUGGUGUCGACCCCGCUGGACGCCAAAGAUGAGCUGGAAGAGCGGUUGGAGCGCUGUGUUGGGAUCGUCCAGUCGUUGACCAAUGGACUGUCAGAGAGAGAGGCUAACGAUGCACUAACAGCUAAUGUGUGUAAAGGCCAGCAGCAGCAUGAGGAGGUGUGUCUGGGUCUCUUCACUCUGGUCCUUACAGAACCGUCUCAGGCCCAGAGGUGUUACAGAGACCUGACGUUGGUCAACAGAGAUGGGAUGAAUGUGGUCCUGGUCAAGAUCAACCAGAUCCUGAUGGAGAAGUUCCUCAAACUGCAGGACGUUCCCAGAACGCAGCUGGUGUGGUUGGUCAGAGAAUUGGUGAAGAGUGGAGUGAUUGGAGCUGAUGGAGUCGUCAUGACGCUGCUGAAACAGGUCGCAGGUGGAGAUAUCUCCACUAAGAACCUCUGGUUGGCUGAGAGUGUCCUGGACAUUUUACUGGAGCAGAAGGAGUGGGUGUUGAAGAGUGGGAUGCUGAUUGCGAUGUCGGUCUACACCUACCUCCGUCUGAUAGUGGAUCAUGGUGUCCCAAACCUGCUGCCUCUCAGACAAAAGGAAGUGGACUUCUGUAUCAGCAUGCUGAGGGAGAAGUUCAUGGAAUGUCUGAUCAUUGGUAGAGACCUGGUCCGGCUGCUGCAGAACGUGGCCCGGAUCCCAGAGAUGGAGCUGCUGUGGAGAGAUCUGCUGCACAACCCUCAAGUCCUUAGUCCUCAGUUCACUGGUGUGUUGCAGCUGCUCACAGCUCGAACCUCCAGGAAGUUUCUAGCGUGUCGACUGACUCCAGACAUGGAGACCAAGCUGCUGUUCAUGACCUCCAGGGUGCGUUUUGGGCAGCAGAAACGGUACCAGGACUGGUUUCAGAGACAGUACCUGUCAACGGCUGAGAGCCAGUCUCUACGCUGUGAUCUGAUUCGCUAUAUCUGUGGCGUGGUCCAUCCGUCCAAUGAGGUGCUGAGCUCGGACAUCCUGCCACGAUGGGCCAUCAUUGGCUGGCUGCUCACCACCUGCACGUCGAAUGUCGCCGCCUCUAAUGCCAAACUGGCUCUGUUCUAUGACUGGCUUUUCUUCAAUCCUGAGAAAGACAGCAUCAUGAACAUAGAGCCGGCCAUCCUGGUGAUGCAUCACUCCAUGAAGCCUCAUCCUGCAAUCACCGCCACUCUGCUGGACUUCAUGUGCAGGAUCAUCCCUCAUUUCUUUCCUCCACUGGAGUCUCAGGUCCGACAGGGCGUCUUCAACUCGCUCAACUUCAUCAUGGAGAAGAGAGUGCUGGCUCACCUCGCUCCGCUGUUUGAUAAUCCAAAGUUGGACCGGGAGCUUCGUUCCAUGCUCCGAGAGAGAUUUCCAGAGUUCUGCAGCUCGCCUUCACCUCCAACUGAAGUCAAAAUGGAGGAGGCAGUUUCCAUGGGGAUGGACAACCACUUGUUGGACAAGGAGGAGGGUUGCUAUGACAACACAGAGGCAGCCUUCAGUGAUGAUGAGGAGGAGGUCAGCAACAAAGCAGGAAAGAAGCGGGAGUUCAGGUUCCAUCCAAUCAAAGAGGCUGUGAUGGAGGAGCCUGCUGACAUCACUCCCUGGCUGGACCAAUUGGAUGACACGAUGAAGGAGAAAGUGCUGCAGGUUCAGAAGACCAGUGACACAGAGACUCAGUGUGAGGUGAUGCAGGAGAUCGUAGACCUGAUCCUGGAGGAGGACUUUGACUCGGAGCAAAUGUCAGCUUUGGCUUCCUGUUUGUCGGAACUGUUCAAAGAUCAUUUCAGAGGAGACGUCCUGCCAGAAGAGAUCACUGAAGAGUCUCUGGAGGAGUCCGUUUGUAAACCGGUCUGUCUGGUCUUCAGAAACCUGGUCACUAUGCAGGAGGACAACAGCGGCUUCUCUGUUCUCCUGGACAUGUUGGCCGAACUUUACCAGAAACAGCCCAAGAUCGGAUACCACCUGUUGUACUAUCUGAAAGCCAGUAAAGCAGCCAAUGGUAAAAUGAGUCUGUAUGAGUCGUUCGCUCAGGCGACGGCGCUCGGUGACCUGCACACGUGUCUCAUGAUGGACAUGAAGGCGUGUCAGGAGGACGACGUCCGGCUGCUCUGCUACCUCACCCCCUCCAUCUACUCAGAGUUUCCAGAUGAGACGUUACGGAGUGGUGAACUCCUCAACAUGAUUGUAGCUGUCAUCGACUCCACACAGUUACAGGAGCUGAUGUGUCAUGUGAUGAUGGGGAAUCUGGUGAUGUUCAGGAAGGAUUCAGUCCUCAACAUCCUCAUUCAGUCCCUUGACUGGGAGACCUUUGAACAGUACAGCACCUGGCAGCUGUUUCUAGCUCACAGUAUUCCUUUGGAGACCAUCAUCCCCAUCCUGCAGCAUCUCAAAUACAAAGAACAUCCUGAGGCGUUGUCAUGUUUGCUGCUGCAGCUGCGAAGAGAGAAGCCCAGCGAGGAGAUGGUAAAGAUGGUCCUGAGUCGCCCGUGUCACCCUGAGGACCAGUUCACCACCAGCAUCCUGAGACACUGGGCUUCCAAGUACGACGACACCCUGGGAGAGCACAUCAAAGCCCAGCUGAUCAAAAACAACAACCAGCCACGCAAAAGACAGAGUCUUCGUAGUUCGAGCAGUAAACUGGCACAGCUGACUCUGGAACAGAUCUUAGAGCACUUAGACAACCUGAGGCUGAGUCUGAGCAACACCAAGAACAACUUCUUCACUCAGACCCCCAUCCUUCAGGCUCUUCAACACGUUCAGGCCAGCUGUGACGAAGCACACAAGAUGAGGUUCAGCGACCUAUUUGCUCUGGCGGAGGAGUACGAGGAUUCACAGUCAAAGCCUCCAAAGUCUCGACGUAAAGCACCAGCGUCAUCGCCUCGAUCCAGGAAGGGAGUAGCUCCGCCCACCAACAACGAGGAGGAGAGCGCCUCCAGCAGCGCCUCGGAGGAGGAGGAUUCCAAACCCAAAGCUCCCAAGAGGAAACGGAAAGGCUCAUCUGCCGUUGGCUCUGACAGCGACUGAAGGACUGAACGACUGAUUGUAGACCAGCUGAUCGCCGGGGGCGGGGUCUCGUGACGCCAUAGACUUUUAACUCAUGGUGAACAGACUGUGACAUGACGUAAUCGCUGUGUUCGUUUCCAUGGAGACAAUGACUAAGCAACUGCUGACUGGCAGCGAGCUGUAGUUGAAGAGGUCAAAGGUCACUGUGUGGCUCCCAUGUGGCUGUUCUCCCAUGAUGCACUGAGACAGGAAACCACGGACUCUGGGACCCAAACGGAGACUGAUUUUAACAUGAAAGUUAUGUUUGAUAAAAAUGAUGACGAUGAAUGCGGUUGUUUGAGGGUUUUUUUCAGCUUUUUCUUUUCCUUUUUCUGGACUCUUAUUGUGGAGGAUCCUGACUUCCUGCUGUUUUUAGCAGCUCUUUCCUGUUUGUGUCCCCGCUGCAGUAAAAGCUUGUCUGUUGUAAACAUGUGAAAAUUCUUCAUAUAAAAGCUGAUGGUUUGUUUACGCUG